GAAGAACUGGAGGCGGAGGACCCGUCCAUUUCAUCAAAAACUAGGAAGAAGCAUCCAUGCCACGCUCAAAAUCAUCGAAAGAAAAUCCUCUGUUCCAGUGAUUAAACAGCAGCUUUCUCUCAUUCUGAAAUCAAAUUCAAUUCAUUCUUUUUUUUUUCUCCUUCAAAAGAAUUAGAAAAGCCGGAAAAGAAAAAAAAAUGAAAUUUGCUCUGAAAAUUUCACCUUCCUCAAAUACUUCAUUACCCAAAGUGUUCCCAUGUAAUUGUAAUUCCCAUAAAGUUUCGUGGAUUUUCCCCGAACACAUUUACAGAAAUCCCUCAAAUGUCACGGGUUCUCGCCCAUUUUCUUCGCCACGGGCUAUGCCAAGUUCUGUUGGGGAUGUUCAUAGACGAAGCAGCCUUGAAUCACGUUUUUGUUACGAUAAGCCUAUUCCAGAGGAGAUAAUUGAAAAGCCUAGUGGAUUGUCAUUGGCUCUGAAAAAUGUUGGAGAUAACCCACAUUGCCCAAGUUGUCAAGCAAAAGGAGCUGUUCUUUGUACCACUUGCUCUGGUUCAGGCUUAUAUGUAGAAUCUAUAUUGGAGAGUCAGGGAAUCAUUGUCAAAGUACGGUGUCUCGAAUCUUGGCGUCUCAUGUUUUACCAUGCAGGUUGUGGGGGAACUGGGAAUACAAUGUGUUCGGGAUGUGGGGGUCGAGGUCAUCUUGGUCUUGCUUGAUAGAAAGGUUUGCUUCCCUUCUGAAGAUUGUAAUGCUGCUUACACAGUUGUGGGUAACUGGGAAUACUUCGUGUUCGGGAUGUGGGUCGAGGUCACAUUGGUCUUGUUUGAUAGAACGGUUUGCUUUUCAUUUAAUUAAUAGCUUUUUUCUGGGAAGACAACAUCUAGAGUGAAAAAAUGCACUUCAAAUUACAUUUGUUCUAGUUAUACUGGUUUACUCUUGUAAUUUUUGUUGUGUCGUGUAAUCGAAUUGAAGCAGAACUUGCUAUAAAGUGCCUGAUUAAUAUUGUUUUAUUGUAUAAUUUUUUCUUGAAA